CUAUGGCGGAUUGUGCCAUUUGGGCAUUGGUUGAUAAUUUAGACUAACUUAUACUUUUUGCUAUGUUUUAAAAUGUUUCACAGUAAAAAGAUACCAAAGGAUAAUCCUGCCCGAGAUUUCAAGAGGUUAACGCUAAAGUUUCUUGACUCAAAGAAAGAGUCACGCCAAAGGGCUCAAUAUUUACGAACACUACUUGAAAACUUUGAAGUUCAUGAAGCUAAAGUGUUUUUGCAAAGACAUUUCUCUGAAGCAUAUUAUAUCUGUCAUGAUUCUUUUGCUGUUGUUGAAGUCAAUCUUCGCCAAAAAGCUAGCAAAACUGUCCGGGAUGAUCUUGACUGUGCCUUGUAUAUUUUUGAGAAAAUAUUGAUUUUGCUUCCUGAACUUGUCCAUGACAAAUGGCAAUUUGCAAGCAUAGGGAGAACAAUGUUGAAGCUGUUGCAUCACGGGAAUGCUUUCAAGCUGAGAAGUGACGGUAUACGUCUUCUUAUUCUUUGGCUUCAAGCCCUUCAAGAUAACAUGGAUGUCUCGUGUGAGGUGAUGUUUGCUUCGGUCGUGCCUGGUUUUCCAAAUCCUCUUGAAGCAUUAGACUGGAGUACGGUGAAACUUCCACGUCCUUUACUGGAAGAUCUAUGUAACUUCGUGCGAGGAAGUGGUGGAGAGAGCUCUUCUGGAUCCAUGACUCUUCUACCUCAGGAUAGUAAAGAUGGUGGAGCAAACUGGUGCGUGCUAGAUGAGUUGCAGGUUCUUGUGCCUUUGCUGAACCAAGGGCAAGUGGAGAAAACUACAGGCUUAGAAGACUUGACCAAAGUUUACCUAGAUAAAGUCUUGGACUACAUGAUAACACAGAUUGGUAAAAUUGAGUGGCUGGAUAUAAGUAUGCGAAAGACAGGUUUUGAAUGCUUGUUUAACCUUUUCAAGAAGUAUUAUCUUCAUCACGUUUUUCCCAUGUGGACUCCACACACCAAUCUGUAUACCACCAAUCCAGAGAAUCAAGUCAAAGAAUUAGAUCCAUCUACUAUGAAGAACUUUUCAGCAGAUGGCUUGACAAAGUACGCCGAUUCUGUCGUUAAAUGGUUCGUCGCAUUCUUGUCAAAGAUAAAACGUGUUGUUAAAAUGCAAGCUGCAGCCUCAACUUCGGUAGAUACUUUGACCUCCACAAAUAAUGAUUUGCAAGCGUCGACCGUUUCUGAAGGCAGCCGAAAUGCGUUGUACGAAGAUCUUUUGCUCGGUAGUAGCAUCAUACUUGACGUCAUAUACUCGACGCGCGAGAACGUGCACAUUGUUCACGAAGUUUUUCGACAGGCUUUCAUUCUUCCAAUGGAAAAAAGUAAUGUGAUCAAGGAAGUCCUGAAUGUUUACGACAAUUGGUUAAAGCAAGAAAACAAGCCAAAGUUCAUGGAAGAGCCGGAUGUUCUUGAUACGUCAUGUAGUAAAAACGAAGAUGUUAAAGCAGGAUUGCAAGCCAAUAUCCGAUUGCUAAUUUUUCAUUCUUCGUUUAUCUUUUUUACUCCGAAACCAAACAGCUCAACGAUAAAGCAAAAGGUGUAUUUCUGUGAGAAAGUUAUUCUUAUGUAUCGCAAUUUUGUUUUGGAGACAAAAAUGGAGGCCAAAACAUGGGAAAAUCUUCUUGUUGUCUUGCUCACGAUUGCAAAACAUGUACUUGAGGACAAGAGUGUUGAUGAUAAAACCAGUUUUGCUGGACAAUUAGCGCCUAUAUUAGUACAAACCUUGUUUGUUACCUGGAUUCGUGCAAACUUGCAAGUAACAGUCAGUGUGAAAUUAUGGGAUCGGUUUGUGGACGUCGUUUCCUCUCUUACACACUGGAAUGAGGCUGUGAAUGAAUGGAAGUCUACCAUGAUGACUUUGACGAGCGUGAUUGCUCUACAUAUUUAUCGUCUGAAUUUAAAAGACCUUCCCCUCGACCGACUAUCUGAACAACAAUACAAAAAGCGCAAGCGUCUGUUGGGUAACAAUGACCAAAGCAAAGUUCCGUCUAGUCCAUCUACGCAAGAACCAAAACAGGAUGUGAUGUCAUCGACGGCUAUGCUUGUAUCUUCAAAUAAUCACGUGGCUAAGUCUGUUGAGCCAAAGAAAGACGAAGAAAGUGUUGCACCUGUGGCGGGAAGUCAAGAAGAAAAUAAAUCAGAAAUAUCGGAAGAGCCUGCAGCAAAGUCGGAAAGCUUAGCUACUCCGUCUGAUACUGAGACACUGUCCCAAACGACACCUGAACAAGGCUUGGAACAAGGUUAUGAGUCGGACGUUACCGAUUCUGGAAGCGAGCAGCCUUACACCGAAAUAGAUUUUGAUAAUUGGUCUGCGACCGGUGCAAGUGUAUCGAGAGAUAGCUCGCUUAAUGGCGAUAAAGGUGAAAAGACUUCACAGCUUGACGAUGAAGACAGUCUGAAUGAGAGCUCCACUAGUAGAAGUGGUGUUGAAUGUUCAAUAAGUACAGCUGAUGGCUGCCGAAAAAAUCAGAAGAAAGGCAUCUCCAAAGCGUUUUGGAAAGAUAGUGAUGGUGCGGAGGAGAUUUCUUCUGAUAGUGAAAGUGUGCCGACUUCCUUUAGUAAUCCAAUUCAUGAAGAUACGAGCUUUGAUACCAACAAUCCAGUUACAUCGCAAAUGAUGGAUGAACCGACUGUACCUUUGGAAAUUAUUGAGCCGUCAGUCCACAGCUUAGAUCUCAGUAACGAGGUCAGCGUCAUAUGUGGUGGCACAAAGACGGGGUGGACACCAGUUACAGCAGUUGUCUUGUGGACAAGAAUGCUUGGAUGUUUGGGAAAUAUAAAUGAUAUCGAUAGUUCUUCAAUUCAUGCUCAAGUCCUGAACGGCCUGUCUGAAAUAUGGCAUCUCCUUUCUAAGAUAAGAAUGAAUCAAGGUAUUUCGGUUGACAAUAAAUCAACGCCGUCUAUGCCUGAUUAUCUACCACCUUUACACUACUUUGCAUCGUGGUUAUUUCAGACGGUGUAUUUGCCUACUAAAUACAAGCAAGGCAAACUCGUUGCUUAUCAACUGCUUUGCGAGAUGACCGUACGACGACAGGACAAUCCAUUGUCAGCAAGCUAUCUUCGACAUUUUUAUCGAUGUCUUCAUGACGGACUUACCAAUUCGGAUCAGGAUAUCAUUAAUGCUAUUAUUGAAAAAUGUGAAUUUUUCUUCGGCGUGGUUCUAUCGAGCUCGUCUUUAUUGAUUCUUGAUUUCAUUCAUGCAGCGAAUACAAUUAUUGAAAGUGGAAGCACAUCUUAUCCAAGAACAGAAGCGGUUACCAUUCUUGCAUCGUUAUUGUGCUAUCCUAACGCUUUUCCCAGUAUGAAAAUCUAUCAGAUUGGCUCCCAUGCUGUAAAUGAUGAACCCACCUUUUUGCCAUGCAAAGACAUAAAGGGGAAGCUAUGUGAUGCCUUGUACAAAGCUGCUGUAAAUGAUCCCCUUUGUCAUGCAAGAUGUACGGCACUUUGCGCCAUCGGGAUGUUUGUUGUCGAAGAACUGACGCAUAAUAAAGGACACAACAAAUUGCAUCAGUACACAUCGCUUCUUCUGACAUCGAUUUUGUUUAAAAAUUGGUCCGUGUCGAGCGUGGCGAUUGGUUUGAUUCAAAACCUUUCUGAAUAUCAUGAAGAGUUAUCGAAUCAUGAUCCGCACCUUCCUUUGAAAAUUUUGCAGUCCCUGUGUGAAGUUAUUCGACGAUGUAUGAAUGACGGAUCUGAAAUGGAUGCCAUUCAAAUGGUCAAGACUUUAAAUCCAUUGAUGUUUUGUCUUCUUGACUGGGUAAUGGUUAUUCCUCUCACUUCUUUGUUGAAAGUUCAGGAUGAUAAUCAGACAACAUUGGCACUUGUGUUUCAGGCGCUGAAGCAUGUGGUCUCCAAUAAUCCAGCUACAACAGAUCGAGAGUUUAGCAUUAGUCGAAUGAUUUCCCACGAGGAUCUACAAAUUCACCUCGCUCAAAUACAUCAAGAUAUCCCAGAUUCAACGUCGUCUGGCGCUGCUGGCUUUGUGGAUGGCGAUAUGACUGGUAGCCUUUCUCAAACCAUGGAAAGAGUUCGAAUUACUGCGAAAGCGGUAAUACUGCACAUCGUUAAUCAUUUAAAUCAUUUCCCAUUAUCUGCUGGAGCAGCGCGACUCACGAGCAUUGUAAACGAAAACCAAGAUAAUCCAUUAUGUGAAUACGAGGAAGAACUUACAUCUGCUAUAUUUUCAUCACCAAAUGUACAGUUUUUUGUGGUCAAUGAUUCAACGUUAAUUUCAAUGGUAGAGUUGCCUGUUGAUAAUGCUUCUACAAAAGACAAGAACUUAUUUUCUGGCAAUACGUCAGUUAGACUCAUCGUCCGAGAUAUGUGCGGUAAACAUUGUUUAGAUAUUUCAACCUUGUAUGGGCCACGAUUUGAUGCUGAAGAAACUUUUCCAGGCGUUCUGAAUAGUUUUUUCAGUGAAGAACAUCUAAAUGAAAUAUUGAACUCUGGUGAAAGGAGGUCAAUACGAAAACAAUCAUCGGCACCAUCUGAACGUGACAAAUUAGACCAGUUACUCCAGGAUAUUGGUUCAACCAGUCCGGAAUGUCUCUUUCAUCCCCAUUUAUCCCUUAACGAACCUGCUCCGCCACCUGUUCCUUUGAAUGAAAAGAUGGAGCAGAAGCUAAUCGAUGCUAUUCGGGAGCAACGACAAAACGAGGAAAAAUUUUGUGAAAACGCCCUCGACGAUCCAAGGCUAAAAGGCAACAAGUUAGCUCCUAACGACUAUCAAAAACCAAGUAAUCCAUUUUACCUAUCACAUUUUCUUUUUAAUCAACUGGGAAUGUUUGGAUGGGAGAAAAGAUCAAAGAUUGACUUAUUGAAGAAAAGUGAAAAACUUAUAAGAGAAUUGAAGCAUCUUGAUAAUAGGAAAAGUCGAGAGACGCACAAGAUUGCUGUAUUUUACGUUGCACCCGGACAGGAAGAUAAAACGUCAAUUAUGAGUAAUUCGUCUGGAAGCAAAGAAUAUGAAAAUUUCAUCUCUGGUCUUGCAUGGGAGGUAGAGUUAUCGACACAUACAGGUUUCAUGGGUGGUCUUGACAAGAAUCAAUCGACAGGUACAACUACUGCUUACUACGCUAACUCCACCACUGAAGUAAUGUUUCAUGUUGCCACGAGAAUGGCCGUUUCUUCUGAUGAAGGGGGAUUUAUCAAAAAGGUACGUCAUCUUGGCAAUGAUGAAGUGUGGAUCGUCUGGUCUGAGCAUUUCAGAGAUUUUCGUCAUGGGAUUGUGAACGCGGAAUUUGGAGAUGUAGUUAUCAUCAUUUAUCCACUUAAGAACCAUCUUUUUAGAAUACAGAUUUUAAAGAAAGGAAACAUUCCCUUCUUUGGACCAUUGUUCGAUGGAGCCAUCGUGAAUCGUCGUAUACUGCCGUCAUUGGUUAGAAUGACUGCUGUGAAUGCUAGUCGUGCAAAGCGAUCCCUUAUUCCUGGCAUGCAAACCUACUAUGAAGAACGAGCAAGUUGUAUCACUAAUGUAGUGAACCAUCACAAGGAAACUACGGUUUUUGAAGACUUUGCCGAACAGAUCUUCUGCCCUGUUCAAAAAAAGACCGACGAUAGUGACAUAAAGUGUCAGGUAUCGUCUGGAGACAAACCAACUGCUAAACGCGAAGGUUACAGUACGUUGCCUUCGGCAAAAGCUAUCGCAAAAUCCAAAGUUGCAGCAGACAAAGAAGCGAUAUCUUCGACGGUAUCAUUACCUGAUGGACUUCACAAAGUUGUACAGACGGACGCACUUCUUCCUGCUCCAAAAUUAGGCGUCAAAAAAUUGUCGUUUAGACGCAAACAAACCAAGGAUGAAAAUGGGGAGUAGUAGGGUAUAUUGCAGGGUAUAUGUAGAUAUAAUGUAUAGUUUGAAGUUCCAGUUCUAAGCUUUGUUUGUCUCCUCCUAAUGAUGGAAAUACAAUGUAAAUGUAUGUAUAUGUUAUCGCAAAGGGACGAUUUUCUUUCAAUAUUGUAAUUAUAAUCGAUUUGUAAGGAGUGUAGCUAAAACUAGUUUUCUCAUGCAGGAAUAUUUAAUGAUAUCCAUUUGUGUAUGUCAAAAUAUGUCAAAACAGCUCUUAUUUACAUGCAUUAAUUUGAAAAAUAUGUUAAAGAGGUUUGGAUUGGUUUAUACAUUGGAAAUUUAUAACGAAUUGCAAUUUUCAUGAAGGUUUUUAAAAUUGAAAUUGAGCUUCCAUAAUUUAUUUUGACUUGCGUUAAGUCUUUCGCUGUGUAUAACACAUUGAAAUGGAAGAUCUUGUCAGCAGUGAACGUAGUUUAAAAGUAAAAUAAAUUGUUGUUAAAAACAA